GGAGGGGGGAAGAUGGCGGCGCCCGUCCUGCUGCGAGUGUCGGUGCCGCGCUGGGAGCGGGUGGCCCGCUACGUGGUGUGCGCGGCCGGCAUCCUGCUCUCGCUCUACGCCUGCCACCUGGAGCGGGAGAAGGGCCUGGACCUCCACUACCGGGCCCUGUGUGACUUCAGCGAGCGGGUCCGCUGCUCCGCCGCCAUCGCCUCCCGAUGGGGUCAAGGAUUUGGUCUGCUGGGUUCCAUCUUUGGAAAGGACAGUGCAAUAAAUCAGCCAAACAGUGUCUUUGGACUUGUAUUUUAUAUUCUACAAAUGUUACUUGGUAUGACAGCAAGUGCAGUAGCAGCUCUAAUCCUCAUGACAUCCUCCAUAGUGUCAGUAGUAGGGUCAUUGUACCUGGCAUACAUUCUGUACUUUGUGCUGAAGGAAUUUUGCAUUAUAUCCGUCAUCACAUAUUUGCUGAACUUCAUUCUCUUUAUCAUCAACUACAAACGACUAGUUUACUUGAAUGAGGCCUGGAAACGGCAACUCCAACCCAAACAGGAAUAACCCAUGUUUGAACUUUUGACCGAUAGUCUGAAGACCUGACUUCCAUUUAAGUUUAUUUUGCAGUAAUUUUUUAUUUUUCAUAUCAGACACUUUUCCCAAGAAUCAUCCAAGAAUCAUAACUGAUAUUUUUAAUAACUGUAAAUUGGAAGGGGCCCUAGAUAAUUUCUGUGCUAAUCUUCAAUUUAAACAUGGCUACAAAAGAGAAAGCUCUAAUACAAUCAAAGACAAGCUUUAACUUUACUUGGAAGAAAUUUCUUAGCCACACAAAAUCUAGACUCCUCGCAACUUGUAAAGUGGGUAACGCUAGAAAAUAUCCUGUGUAUAAAUUCAACUUCAGAUAUGAUGAGAUGUGAUCAUGACAUUUAAAUAUCCUAGAAUAGAGGUACCAUAUUUAAUGUUGCCAUGUUUACAGUAUGUGUAUUACAUUUUUAGCCGAUGGACUUAAACAUAUAGAUUUGACUAAAACAUGAUAUUGUAAAUAACUAGAAAUAUUGGAUCCAUUUCUGCAAGACUCACUGUACAGUCAAUUUUAUUAGUGUAGCAACUUUAAGAAUGUUCAGCUUAUAGUUGAUUGAUUGAUGGAUAAUGGAAGGAAUGAGCCCAUAUAGUGUCUUGUGAGAAGCACUAGUAGUAGUGAGUGCAGCAACACAAGUGAUGGUUACCUUUGCUCCAUCUUUUUUCUCUAUUAAUGAAAAUGGAAUUAAAGCUAAAACUUCAGGUAUA